AUGGAAAAUUCUAAUGCUGCAGAAGAUAGAAACGAAGAGAUAGACCAGGGCAUAAAAUUCAGAUUUCCUGAAGAAAGCUCUCUUCUUCCUCUUCUCCUCUCUCUAAUGGGAUGGCUUUGUUUGUUAAUGAUAAUAUCAACAUGUCAGACAACAUGGGCUUUAGACACUCGUUUUGAAUCGGACCUGAGUUAUCUGACUCGGGAGCUGCUGGAGUCAGCAAGAGAACCAGAGUUCUUUGAUUGGUUGAAACAAAUUAGAAGGAGAAUCCAUGAGUACCCAGAGCUGGCUUUUGAAGAAUACAACACGAGUCAACUCAUAAGAUCGCAACUUGACUCUCUUCGGGUUGAGUAUAAGUGGCCUUUUGCAAAGACUGGCGUGGUGGGUUCGAUUGGGUCAGGGAUGCAGCCGUGGUUCGGUCUUAGAGCAGACAUGGAUGCUCUCCCGAUUCAGGAAAUGGUAGAGUGGGAGCAUAAGAGCAAGAACAAUGGUAAAAUGCAUGCAUGUGGCCAUGAUGCUCAUGUAACAAUGCUACUUGGAGCAGCUAAGUUGCUUGAACGCAAGAAGGAUGAACUGAAGGGAACUGUUAAGCUUGUUUUCCAACCGGGAGAAGAAAGUUAUGGUGGUGCUUACCAUAUGCUAAGAGAAGGAGCUCUUGAUAUGUUUCAAGGAAUUUUUGGACUACAUGUUGCACCAGAAAUUCCUGUUGGCACAGUUGAUUCAAGACCUGGUCCAAUGCUUGCUGGUUCAGGUAGGUUUUUGGCUACAAUCAAAGGGAGAGGUGGGCAUGCUGCUUUUCCCCAGGAUACAAGAGAUCCCGUUCUUGCUGCAUCUUUGGCCAUUCUUGCCCUGCAACAGAUAAUUUCUCGAGAAACAAACCCUCUUGAACCCAGAGUGGUCUCAAUCGGUUUUGUAGAGGCUGGCCAAGCUGGGAAUGUAAUCCCAGAGACAGUGAGAUUUGGAGGCACUAUUCGGAGCAUGACUACAGAAGGUCUAUUAUACCUUCUUCAAAGGGUAAAAGAGAUUGUACAGAUGCAAGCAGCUGUUCACCAGUGCACUGCUUCUUUAGAUUUCAUGGAAGAAAAAAUGAGGCCUUAUCCAGCCACAGUAAAUGAUGAAGCCAUGUACAAACAUGCCAAACAAGUAGGGGAAGCUUUGCUCGGAGAAUCUAAUGUGCAACUUGCCCCAAUGAGUAUGGGAGCUGAGGAUUUCAGCUUUUAUUCACAGAAGAUGAAAGCUGCGUUGUUCUUUGUUGGAACAAAGAAUGAAACAGUGAAAUCAGUGAAGAGAUUGCAUUCCCCAUACUUUGUGAUGGAUGAGGACGCCCUUCCCAUUGGAGCAGCUUUCCAUGCUGCCGUUGCCAUUUCUUAUCUGGAUGGGCAUGCCAUCGACGACACACAGUAG